AUGACCGACCAAUCUAAGAUCCCUCUACGACCUGAAUCGUCCGUUAGGUUAUCCUUCAAUGAGCGCAAUUUAAACCAAUAUGCGACCCCCACUAAUAAGCGAUUUUCUUUAGCUUCAGUCAACAACAAGAGGUUAUCAAGGAUUCCAAUCCCAGUCCAAUCGUCCAAAAACUUGAAUAUGUUGUUGAAUAACGAAAACAUGAAUCCAGAAAUUCUUUACAAGAGGUCAUCUAUGGUUAUACAUCCAACAACUCAAGCAGAGAAUACUUCCGUGGAAGACGUUAACUUGUCUCGAUUUGCUGAGAUGUCUCUGGAUGGAUCGAGAAUACCGAGGUCGCCCAGUACCAACAACAUAAGUAGAACACCUUCGUUAAAUAAGCGUCAUUCUAUGAUUAUGGAAACACCCCAGAAAAAAUCAAAUCGAAAUAGAAUCCCCCAUUUAAAUAUAAUCCAUGACACACCAACCAAGAGGUCAAUUAAUCGAGAUAGGUGCAGCGACCUAGGACCUUCAAACUCAAAGCUGAAGUUUAAUUAUUUGACAUCUACCAAGACGGACUACAUACACAAGCCUGCAGAAAACCGACAUUCUGGUAUUUGGAAGGAAAGCAGAAAGGAGUCUCUACAACCUCUUGUUUACUUAUCAUCAACGAAUAAUUAUGUCAAAACUAACAAAGUGAAAGUUAGAGAUUUGGAUGAACUGAAAUACCUACUGAAUGUGUCUUCAAACUUGAAGGAAAAAUUUGCGAAUGGAACUAUGGAUGCAGAUCCCGACGAAAAUGUUCCAAGCUACAAAUACGACGAAUUAAGUACCAAGCGACCUGAUUUAUUUGAGAAACUGAAUAUGUACGAAAGAAUAAUGCAAUUCCGUGAGGUGUACUUCACAGGGAUAUCCAAAGAGCUGAAAAUUAAAGUUGAACUCAGCAAUUCGAAGGACAACUAUGGGUUUGACGAUAAGGAAAGAAACUACAAGAUUAUUAUAGGCGACCACAUUAAAUAUAAAUACGAGAUCAUGUCCGUUUUAGGCAAAGGAGCUUUUGGUUCUGUUGUUUCUGUGGCUGACCAUAGUCAUGGAAAACGUCCCAUAUAUGCUUGCAAAAUAGUUAAAAACGAUCCCAAAUGUUCACUUCAAGCAGUCGAAGAAAUCAAGUUAUUGAAGAAAUUGAACCAUGGAAAUAUACUAAAAUACCACGAACACUUCCAAUUUCGUUCACAUAUGUGCAUAGUGACUGAAAUUUUAGGUAUUUCAUUGUACGAGGCAAUCCAGGAGACCAAGUUUAGAGGAUUCUCAUUGGGCAUAGUGAGGAAACUAACCUAUGAAAUUUUGAAGGGAUUAUCGUAUUUACACCUGCAGGGGGUUAUUCAUUGUGAUUUGAAGCCAGAAAAUAUUAUGUUUUCCAACCAACUAGACAUCAAGAUAGUAGACUUUGGUUCUUCCUGUUAUAUUGGUAAACCCAGAUAUAGCUAUCUACAGUCGAGGUUUUAUAGAGCACCCGAAGUUCUGCUUGGAGGGCGGUAUGAUAGUGGUAUGGAUGUAUGGUCACUUGGCUUGAUUUCGUUGGAGAUGUUUUCUGGAACUCCAAUAUUUCAACCACAGAGUGAAUGGGAAUUGUUUACCUUGUUGAUUGAGUACUUAAAUGUUCCAUCAAGGAGAUUCAUUAUGAGAUUACGAGAAGAAAUUCAGCAAUAUGGGGUAGUUGGUUUCGAUGCCCAAAACAACAAUUACGAGGCCCAUUACUAUAGAAACAACACCUUGUUAUGGAAGGCAUUUGACGAUAAAGGGGGGCUGAAUCACGAGUAUGUGGUGCGCAAGUCCCGAAGCACCAAUAAGUUCAAGCCGGGGUCUAAGAGCCUGAAGCGGUUUAUUAUGAAAAACAGGGACGAACAACUCAUAGAAACAGGAGAGGCCGAUAUUCUGCUCCUCCAGUACUUGGAGUUUAUUGAAGGAUGUCUUGUGUGGAAUAAAGCUACCCGUAAAACUGCAAGCCAGUUACUAGAGUCUCCCUUCUUUCACAUGGACGAAGAGUAA